CUUUUAAGAUAAUCAGUAUAAAGUUUGUUCACGAUGAACGUAGUCGUAACUGGUGCUGCUGGAUUUCUGGGAUCUCGCAUAGCUGAUGUGCUGCUUUCAAAAGAUUCCCCAAUACUAAUAGCAAAGUUGCUUCUAGCAGACGGCGUUCAGCCCAGAAUACGAGAUGACAAAAGAGUAUCUAACAUUGUUAUUGACCUUACAUCAUCAGAUGCUGCCGAAAAAGUAAUUCCUGUCGGUACAAACAUAGUAUUUCAUCUAGCUGCUGUUGUAAGUGGCCAUGCUGAAUUAGAUUUUGAUUAUGGACUCCAAGUGAAUUUUGAUGCCACUCGCGCUCUUCUAGAAAGGGCCCGUAAACUUACAUCGCUAUGUUUUGUAUUUACAAGCACUUGUGGAGUUUUCGGAGGAGAACUACCAGCUGUUGUUGAAGAUGGGACGGCUACUCAACCUCAAAACACAUACGGAACAGCGAAAGCCAUGUGUGAGUUGCUUCUAAACGAUUAUGGAAGGAAAGGUUUUGCAGAUACUAGAAUAGUAAGGCUGCCUACAGUCAGCGUUCGAUCUGGUAAAGCAAAUAGAGCAGUCACGUCAUUUGCUAGCGGAAUCAUUCGUGAACCACUGAAUGGUGAAGAAGCAAUAUGCCCCGUGAGUGAAGAUUUAGAAUUAUGGCUCUCCAGUCCGAGUACAGUCGUGCGAAACAUAAUUCAUGCGGCAACUGUUCCGGCCCAUGUCUUAGGCCCUUGGAGGGUGAUUAAUCUACCUGGUAUAUGCGUAUCUGUACGUACUAUGAUACAGAGUUUACGUGAGGUCGCAGGGGAGGAGAUAGCGGCGUUGGUGCGUUUUGAACGUGAUGAUUUCGUUUCACGUAUAGUUAGUAGCCUGCCCGGUAACUUUAAUAAUACUCGCAGUAUGAAGUUGGGAUUUAUGGUAGAUACAAGUUUCCGUGAUAUUAUCCGGUUAUAUAUUCAAGAGGACUUAAAACGGGAGUUAUAAAAGGGUUGUCUUAAGUGUUAAAAGUUUAAAUUGUUUUAUAUA